AUGAGAUAUUCGUUAUUCUCCCUUUCGAAUAAACUUAAAUCAUUAGCAUUUAACUGCGUGGAUUGACUUGAGUGUUCUUCUUUGUUUAUUUAUUUAAUUAUUUACUUAUUUACUCCUCUGUUCAGCAUGCAAAAAUCCGCAUGUUUUCAUUUGAGAGCGAAGGAUUUGACCCACAAGAUUGAAACGAACUAAAACGCAACGAUUUAGUUGCUUGAUCUUGACAUUUGUGUUGCCAUCAGGCGAACAGACGCCGAUGCAUGUGGCGAAGCGAUGCACAUACCUGAAACUUAGCCCACCUUUUCUUUUAUUAAACCUGUGGGACGGCCGUGCACUCGGUCGGUGUGUGUUAAUUGCGAUGGGGAUGAAGGUGGUGACGAUGAUGGCGCUUGAGCGAGUCCUUCCUGCGUGCGGCUCCCUGCACGUCAGAGUCGCAUCUGGACACAUCAGCAGGGGACGCGCACCUUUAGGGAAACGAAAGCGUGAGAUGAGACCAGUCAGUUGCCGCUUGUUCAGACGCUGCAUUGAGAAUGAAGUGUUUAACCGCCCUGGUUCUGAUCAAAGUGGGUUAAUUAAUAGGGCGGAAGUGGAAAUUGAGAGGGGAGAGUAAAGCAGAGAUAAUUGUUUUGUUUUGAUUUUUGCUUAUACCUGCGCGUGCUUUGGGUCUAACAAAUGGCGUGUUUCUUUUUUGUUUGUAUGUUUGUUUUUUGUUAAUUAUGCAAUUCUGUGAGUUUAAAGUGUGCCUUUAUGUGAGCGCGCGUAAAGACCGACUGGCUCGAGCGCUUCAUUUCGAUUCACCGGGGACUCCUGUGCGCAACAAGAGCCCCCCAUGGGUGCAAUAGAGCAAGCACAGACGGCGGUGAUUGGCCAGAGGUUGAUCAGAUGGUACACUUCCCCUCUGUAUCCGGUGGCACCUCACAGCCCCCCUUUCAGCAAAAACCAAAUCUCCGAUAAAGUAAUGGCAAAAGCACUUGGACUAUAAAAGACAACAAAUCAUAUUCCUCCGGAGUAAAUACACCCCGUUGUCCACCCAAUGAGUUCCUAUUUCGUUAACUCAACUUUCCCCGUGUCUCUACCGGGAGGACAGGACUCUCUCCUGGGUCAGAUACCGCUCUACUCCUCGGGAUACACGGACCCGUUGAGGCACUACUCCAACGCGGCCACGUAUGGAGCGGCCAACAUGCAGGAGAAGGUCUACCCGGCUUCCUACUACCAGCAGUCGGGCGCGGCGGCGGCGGCGGCCAUCUACGGCCGCGCUGCCGCCGGCGGCGGAGCGCCGUGCGACUACAACCCCGUGGGCACGUUCUACAAAGACGCGGAGGGCUCGUGCGCCUUCUCGAGCGGCCGCGAGGAGCAGCCGCUGUUCGUCACUCAGGAGCACCAGCAGCGCAAGGCGGAGUGCGCGGAGCAAGCUGUCAGCAUGAGCGGCAGCAUCGACGACAAGUCCUCCACUCUCAUCUACCCCUGGAUGCAGAGGAUGAACGCCUGCUCCGCCGGCCCAUUUGGGAGCAGCGGCCGCAGAGGCCGGCAGACCUACACCCGCUACCAGACCCUGGAGCUGGAGAAGGAGUUCCACUUCAACCGCUACCUGACCCGGAGGCGCCGGAUAGAAAUCUCCCACGCCCUGUGCCUGACGGAGAGACAGAUCAAAAUCUGGUUCCAGAACCGCAGGAUGAAGUGGAAAAAGGAGAACAAACUCCUGAAUCCCUCAAAGACAGCCGAGGAGGAGGAACAGGAGCAGGCGGAGAAGAAGAGCUAAACUACAAAGGGGACUCUGAGACAAAAAAAAAAUGACGAAGAAGAAACGCUUGAAUGUGUGCGUGCGUGUGUGUGUGUGUGUGUGUGUGUG